AAUAUAUUUUUAACUCCCAAUAGUUAGUUGUUUCAUCUAACAUCCAAAAUGAGUUACGAAAUGCAUCCCGGUCCCCUUAGUAACGAUGUGUUGUUUUUAUACAAUCAACACCGUGCUUUAGAGGUUUUUAAGCAUCCAGAAAGUUACCGGUUACCCAUCAAUAUAAAACGUUCUGAUCGUUCCUUUUGGAAGGAAGUCAAGCAAAAUCCUAUUGGUGCACGCGUGGAAGUAUACAUACGUGUAGCAGGGUUUGGUGGGAUCCUGGAUAGUGGGUACCGUUAUUUAGAUCACGCGUUAAUAAAUGCAUUAGUUGAGCGUUGGAGGCCGGAAACCCACACGUUUCAUCUACCGUUCGGUGAAACGACUGUCACGUUACAAGACGUUAACGUGUUGUGGGGGUUACCAAUAGAGGGGGUGCCGGUGUGUGGGGCGGACACUCCGAUUUCAUUUUCUGAUGCAGCUUCGAUGUGUGAAAAUCUGUUGGGGUUUAGACCAACAGAAAAUCAGAUCCAAGGGAAAAGAAUUAGCUCUGUUCGUAUUUUGACUGAAAUAAAGUCAGGUUUUUCAGAACAUGACGCGACGGAAGAACAAUGCAUUAUACGUGCACGUUUAAUAAUAUUUUAUUUAAUAGGUUGUACAGUAUUUCCUGAUAAUGCGAACAACUGGAUCUCUCUACAUUUUUUGCACUACCUACACGAUUUAAGAGCAUGUUCUCAGAUUAGCUGGGGCAGUUCUGUUUUAAGCAGUCUGUAUAGAAACCUGUGUAACGCUACAGCACCCGCUGCUAUAAGCGUUACCGGUCCAGUCUCUAUUUUACAAGUGUGGGCGUGGGAGAGGAUUCGUUGUGUUGCACCCGAGCCUAACAACCGGUUUAAUUACAACGCACCGUUAGCUGCUCGGUGGAAGGGGAGCCUAAGUCAUGCUGACGCUCCUACACACUGCCUUAGAUCGUAUCGAUCACAACUUCAAUCUAUUUUCGAGGGCAUGUUUAUCUGGAGACCUUACGAUGCUGUUAUGGAUAGACUCCCGGCUAUUUGCACUAGUGGCAGCCGAAGCUGGAGGAGCGCAUGCCCUUUGAUAUACUGGGAGACUGUAGAGCACCAUUAUCCGCAACGGAUUAUGAGGCAGUUUGGCAUGGUUCAACGUAUACCUCCGAGUUUACCUAUAACUGUUACUGAGCAUGCAAGGCUGCAUAAAUUAACCAGGAAUGGUAAAACAGGGUGGCAUUGGGCAGUACAUCAUGGUCAGUAUAUUGAUGCUUGGAACCUACGUCAUCAAACCGUUGUAGACGGAGAAAGAAUCACCUCUUAUUCCGUCGCCGAUGAUUAUAUGGCGUGGUUCAUGCGUCAUACAGUACUAUAUUUGUCUAAUCCAAGCUUACCACCAGUUCCCAUGCGUGGAUUUCAAGACGAUGGAGCUCGAGUCCAAAUGCUGACGGACAUGAUGGGUGUGAUACACCGAUCAGAUAAUCUGGAGUUCACCCAAGGUGCCGCUUACCGGGCAAUGGAAAUGUCAAACCAACAAGGAUAUUCACAGUAUCCGACUCAUUUGGCAGCAAACCCGGUGGACCUAACCACAUAUCCUCGUCCUCAAAGGUUAGGCAGGCGACGCCGCCGUCAGCGUGGUGGUUCAAACGUUGAAGAACGUGUUGGUUCUGACUGGGGAAGAAAUUUUGAACAAGGGGGUGCAUCCGGUGUUCAAAACCAAAUGAAUCAUGCGAAUGUCCAAUACCAAACCAAUAGUGAGCAUGUCCAAACCCAAAAUAAUCAACGAUGUUAUACAACCCAAGCAUCACACAUGCUGUCUUUUUUGCCAGACAACCAAAGUGACUAUAGUUACUAUGCACCAAAUCAAAGUCACGAAGAUCAACGUGCCUGUCAUGCAAAUGCACCACCAAACCCCUUAGAUUGGGGCAUGGACUUGAGCCUCUCUAAUUAUCAACCACCACCAAACUAGUAGUUUACUACUAAAAAUGUAUAUCUCGUAAAAUUAUUAAUUGUAUUUUAU